GGGCACAGGCGGGAGAGCCAGCCGCCUUUCAUCCUCCGCUGCCAGGAUCCUUUAUGACGUAGCAAAUGCGCUUUCUACCCAAGCCUGUGAUCCCGCCCCUGCAGAAGGCAUAUGCCCCCGGGCUGCGGGGGAAGCGGACCUUGGAGAUGUGUGUAGCGUUCAUAUUCCCUCUCAAUACAUCUCUAUAGAGCGCCUGCUUCCUGUCAAGCACCAGAAUUUAGAAUUCUGUAGAACCAGAAACCAAUGCUACAACACAACCCGCCAGCAGGAGGCCCGUCAUCCUACCUCUUGUGGCCACAAUGUUGACCGCCCGCCUCGCCAGGCCCCUGUCAAAGCUCCCCGGGAAAACCCUGAGUUUCUCUAACAGAGAAAAUGGAGCAAGGCGUACACUGCUGUUUUACCCCGCCUCCUGCGUCCCCGUGGGUCGUCGCACUUACGCUGAUACAGUGAACCCGGUCGGCAGCAAAGCCGUCCUGAUCACAGGCUGCGACUCUGGAUUUGGGUUCUCCUUGGCCAAGCAUCUGCAUUCAAAAGGCUUCCUUGUGUUUGCUGGCUGCUUGUUGAAGGACAAAGGGGAUGCUGGAGUCAAGGAGCUGGACAGCUUGAAGACCGAUCGAUUGAAGACUGUUCAGCUCAACGUCUGCAAAGCCGAGGAGGUGGAGAGAGCGGUGGAGACCGUCCGCUCGAGCCUGGCGGACCCUGAGAAAGGGAUGUGGGGCCUGGUCAACAACGCGGGCAUCUCCACGUUCGGGGAGGUGGAGUUCACCAGCAUGGAGACCUACAAGGAGGUGGCAGAAGUGAACCUCUGGGGCACCGUGCGGACGACAAAAUCCUUCCUCCCUCUCAUCCGAAGGGCCAAAGGCCGUGUGGUCAACAUCAGCAGCAUGCUGGGCCGCAUGGCCAACCCUGCCCGCUCCCCGUACUGCAUCACCAAGUUCGGGGUGGAGGCGUUCUCCGACUGCCUGCGCUACGAGAUGCACCCUCUGGGUGUGAAGGUCUGCGUGGUGGAGCCCGGCAACUUCAUCGCCGCCACCAGCCUCUACACCCCCGAGCGCAUCCAGAGCAUCGCCAAUAAGAUGUGGGCUGAUCUGCCCGAGGUGGUGCGCAAGGACUACGGCAGGAAGUACUUUGACGAGAAGCUCGCCGCCAUGGAGACCUACUGCAGCAGCGGCUCCACCGACACCACCCCCGUCAUCAACGCCGUCACCCACGCCCUGACCGCCGGCAGACCCUACACCCGCUACCACCCCAUGGACUACUACUGGUGGCUGCGGAUGCAGAUCAUGACCCACAUGCCUGGAGCCAUCUCCGACCGGAUCUACAUACACUGAGGCGUUUCUAGCGGGCAGGAGGGAAGAGGAGGGAGGGAGUGAGGGAGGGAGGGAGGGAGGGAAGGAAGGAAGCAGCCUAUAUAGUCACCUCUUCAUUACCCACUUGUGGAUUGUCCACCAUCCCAGGAAGACCCACUACCCAUUUUUAUAUCAACAGAAAUGGGGAGCCCACCCUGACUCCAGUACACCAUGAAUGGCUUGGUCUCUUCCAUUGGGUACGGAGUGGUGGGUAGGGCCCCUAAACUUCAGGGCAAACUUGGUGCAUCUGUCUUUCUGGAGUUGAUUUCAUACGAAGAUUUGGGGGAAAUAUCUUUAUAUUAAAAACAGAUUUGUUAAAAAACAGAAACUAAUCUUUCACAUUUUAAGCCAAAACCCCAUUCAAAAAAUGUAACUCGUUUGAUCCUUUAAG